AAAAGGGUGGAAGCCGUGGAAGAAUUCCAAUUUUUAUGUUGUAAUAGAAUUAUGUGAAGAAAAAAUCAAAGGGUGUUGGAAACGAGAUAAAAAGGAGUUGCAAGCAAACCUCUUUCUCCCCGUGUCUAGUUUUUCAGAGCAGUUGGUGAUUCGAUCUUUGAAUAUUUUCCAAUCUUUAGCCUUCCCUCUCCUCUCCCAGCAGGCCUUAUUAAAGUCCUUCCAAACCAUUGCUCUUUCUUCACCGUCCUCUGAUAUUUUUCUAACCUAGUCUUCUUUGUUCUUUCAAAUCUUUACCUAAAAGCUGUUGGCUAUCGCCAACCACGGAUAAUCCUCUACUUUUAGAUCCUAUAUACGUCGAUACAAGUUUGAAGAAGUGAAUUUGUAGAAAUAUACUAGAUUCAGAAAAAAAAAAUGACUGUGAUGAAAAUUACUUGGAGAUCCAUCAUCCCGAGCUGUUCCAAGGGUGUUGAGAAACCAGAGCCCAAGCCUAAGAAGGAAGUUGCAAAGCAAAGUUCAUUUGCCAGGCUUGCAAUGUUAGACUUAAGUUAUCCCAGCUCAAUGCUUUCGGAGGACCUGUCUACAUCGCUUGCCGGUUCAAACCUUCAUAUUUUUACGCUUGGGGAGCUAAAGGUGAUAACCCAGAGCUUUUCAUCAGCUAACUUUCUGGGUGAAGGUGGGUUUGGACCGGUUCAUAAAGGUUUCAUUGAUGACAAGGUUAGGCCUGGAUUGAAAGCUCAGCCUGUGGCGGUUAAGCUCCUGGAUUUAGAAGGCCUGCAAGGGCAUAGAGAGUGGUUGACUGAAGUGAUCUUUCUUGCACAAUUGAGGCACCCACAUCUUGUGAAGCUGAUCGGAUAUUGUUGCGAAGAAGAACAUAGGCUUCUGGUAUAUGAAUAUAUGCCGAGGGGCAGCUUGGAGAAUCAGCUAUUUAGAAGAUAUUCAGUUUCUCUUCCAUGGGCGACAAGGAUGAAAAUUGCUCUUGGAGCUGCCAAGGGUCUUGCCUAUCUCCACCAAGCAGAUAAACCAGUCAUAUACCGAGAUUUUAAAGCGUCAAAUAUCUUGUUAGACUCUGAUUAUACUGCCAAACUUUCAGAUUUUGGUCUGGCAAAAGACGGCCCGGAAGGGGAUGACACGCAUGUUUCCACCAGAGUGAUGGGGACGCAAGGCUACGCUGCUCCUGAAUACGUCAUGACAGGUCACUUGACGGCAAUGAGUGAUGUAUAUAGCUUUGGAGUGGUACUUCUGGAGCUUUUAACGGGGAGAAGAUCUUUAGACAAGAGCCGUUCCCAAAGGGAACAGAACUUAGCAGAGUGGGCAAGGCCAAUGUUGAAUGAUCCUAGGAAACUUGGCCGGAUAAUGGAUCCCAGACUGGAAGGCCAAUACUCAGAAAUGGGGGCGCGAAAGGCAGCUGCAUUGGCUUACCAAUGCCUUAGUCACCGGCCAAAGCAAAGACCAAAAAUGAGUGAUGUGGUCAGCACUUUGGAGCCCCUGCAGGACUCUGAAGACAUUCCAAUUGGUCCCUUUGUUUAUACGGUUCCAACCGAAAGUGGUUCGCCGAAGGAGGACAAGGACACUAAGGAAUGCGAAUUUAAGAAAGAGAACGGCCAUCAUCAUCACAAAAACCACAAACUCCACCACGGCCAUAGGCAUCAAAACAGAUCACCAAGGAUGUCUCCAGUUCACUGGGAAAGCGACACUCUAAAGCAAACUCCCAGAAAUGGGUUGAAUUCUCCCUUGCACCAUAAAGCUAGGGGAGCAUAGAGUACAACUGUAAAUCACACUGUAAAUAGGCCUUAACUAGAGCUUGCCUUGGAUUGCACACUGCGGCAAAUGUUAAGGGUGUAAGUUUUUCUUGAGAGCAAAGACUUGUUUACUUCAAUUGAUUCUUUCAAAUACAAGAAUUUUUGUUUUUGAAA